GAACAGGCGAUUGUUUUUCCGAGUCAGAAAUUAUUUCACGGUACCUGUGCAAUGUUUAGUGAUUGUGUAAUUGUAAAUUAUGUUAGUUUAUUUCUAAUUGUGUCAUCUUAGUUGCUCUCUCCUCAACGAGAUCCAUAUCAUUUCAUUUAUUUGCAUAUCAUUUUUGUACGUGGGGGGUCCUUUUUAACAUGAUUUCGGUCGGUGCGCUCAUCAUGCAAGUGUAAGCUAUGGACGAAUGCACGAUCUAGUUGACUGAUUCCAAUGAAAUUUUUGUAAUAUUCGUCCGUAGUUAUGACUCUAUGCGUUAACGGUGGUGAAUGAUGUCGAAUCCAAGUGGCAGCCGUCGUAGUAGAACUAUGAAAUUGCGGCUCUUGAUUUUAUGUGCUCGUAAUUUGGCAAGGAAAGAUCUGUUCCGACUCCCUGACCCUUUUGCAAAAAUUAGUGUGGAAGGCUCAGGACAAUGUUUCAGCACAGACACUUGCAAAGCAACGCUUGAUCCUAAGUGGAAUCAGCAUUACGACUUGUACAUAGGCAAGAGCGAUGGAAUCACGAUCAGUGUGUGGAAUCACAAAAAAAUUCAUAAAAAGCAAGGAGGUGGGUUCCUUGGGUGCGUGCGAAUUAUGUCUAACACAAUCCAUCGCCUAAAGGAUACUGGAUAUCAAAGAUUAGAUUUAUGCAAAGCUAGUGGAGAUGAUCCGGAGCAAGUCAAGGGUCAAAUUGUUGUGUCUCUUAUGUCAAGAGACGGUAGUCAUGGCUCCAGCUCAGCAACGCACAAUGCAGUGGUCGAUCCUCUUGGUAAUCUCUCCUGUCCUGAGGAUCUUCCAGAAGAGUGGGAAGAGAGAAGAGAUGCCGCUGGUAGACUGUAUUAUGUUAAUCAUCAGACCAAGUCAACGCAGUGGAUCAGACCUACAAGACCUCAAAUCCAUCUAUCACCGUCAUCAACAACCUCUCCAGAUCGAGUAAGAUCUCUGCAGAACAACAAUGAGAACAAUAAUAAUAGUUUAAACAUGCAGACGCCACCAAGAAGAAGGCAGGAUGCGAACAAAGUGAAUUCUCACAAAAAACCAACUAAAGAAAAUUUGCCUGGAGAUCUUCCUCCUGGUUACGAGCUCCGAACAACUCAACAAGGUCAAGUAUACUUCUAUCAUAUCCCCUCGGGUGCAAGUACAUGGAAUGAUCCGCGUAUUCCGAGAGAAUUCAAGUCAGACUUACUCAAGGAGCUGGGACCAUUACCUCCUGGCUGGGAGAUCAGGAAAACAGGCGCUGGCAGACUCUACUAUGUGGACCACAACAACAGAACCACUCAGUUCACUGACCCACGACUCUCAGGGCCAGUCAUCAAAAAUCUCUUGCAGAAACAAGGCAUAUCCUCGCCCACCUACAGUGUACCCAACAGUCAACCAGUACCAGUAUCACCGCCAGCACCUGAAGGUACCGGGCCAGGACCGAGCAAUUCGGAUUCACAGCCCCAGACAAAUGGUGCAGUAAGCACAACAACACCCGCAACCCCCACUCCAGCUCCAGCACCCAAAGAACCACCGCAGAGCAUUGAGACAGAAACCGAUGUUCUUCCCAAGUAUAGGAGGGAUCUUGUCGCUAAACAGAAGGUCCUCAGGGCUGAAUUGUCCAUCCUUCAACCUCAAUCCGGUCAUUGUCGAUUAGAAGUUUCCCGAGCAGAAAUUUUUGAGGAAUCUUAUAGGUUAAUUAUGAAAAUGAAACCCAAAGACUUACGGAAACGAUUGAUGGUCAAGUUCCGAGGUGAAGAGGGAUUGGACUACGGAGGCGUCGCAAGAGAGUGGCUCUAUCUUUUGUCGCAUGAGAUGCUGAACCCACAGUAUGGUCUAUUCCAGUAUUCUAGAGAAGAUAAUUACACCCUUCAAAUCAAUCCUGAUAGUGGAGUCAAUCCUGAGCACUUAUCAUACUUCCAUUUUGCGGGGAGAAUCAUCGGAAUAGCCGUUUUUCAUGGUCAUUACAUUGACGGUGGGUUCACCACACCAUUUUACAAAAUGCUCCUCAAUAAACCGAUCACUCUGGAAGAUAUUGAAGAAGUUGAUCCAGAACUCCAUCGCAGCCUCACUUGGAUGCUGACCAAUACGUUGCCAGAUAUCAUCGACACAACGUUUGCAGUUGAAGUAGACAGUUUCGGUGUGCUGAAAGUCCAUGAGUUAAAAGCAGGCGGCCGUGAUAUUCCUGUGACUGAGGAAAACAAGAAAGAAUACGUCAAAUUGUAUGUUAAUUAUCGGUUCAUGCGAGGCAUUGAGCAGCAGUUCCUGGCCCUACACAAAGGGUUUACUGAAGUGGUCCCCGCCCACCUGAUGCGUCCCUUUGACGAAAGGGAGCUCGAGUUGAUCAUCGGGGGUCUAGGAUCAAUCGAUAUUAACGACUGGAAGCAAAAUACUAGACUCAAGCACUGCACUGCAGACACACCUGUUGUGAAGUGGUUCUGGGAAAUAGUUGAAAGCUAUAGCGAAGAAAUGAAAGCUCGACUAUUACAAUUUGUCACUGGCAGUUCAAGAGUCCCUCUUCAAGGCUUUAAAGCAUUGCAAGGUUCAACAGGAGCUGCAGGACCCCGACUAUUCACCAUCCAUGUGAUUGAUGCCCCGCAAGAAAACUUACCCAAGGCGCACACAUGUUUUAAUAGGAUUGAUCUCCCUCAGUAUAAAUCCUACCAGACCCUCUACGAGAAGCUAAGCCAAGCCGUUGAAGAAACGUGCGGCUUCGCUGUUGAGUGAUGUAUUUUUCUUGUAACUUGUUAAUCAUUCUAAGUCUGUACAUUUUUCUUCAGUGAGAUUCUUUAUUGAAACUGUAAAUAUUGUUUCGCUGAUGAUGCUCUACGUAAACUUCCUGGGAAUUCUUGGCAAAAUUUCUACAGCUUUUCGACACAUUGAUAUUAUUAACAGUAUCCAACCCUGAAUUAGUUGAAUGCUCUAUCAAGUGGAAGAUUGAAAUAGUGUAUACUGAUUCAGUGGAAUAAGUGAAUUAAUUUAAUUUUAAUCUCAGUCAGGUAGUAUUAAGAAAUGAAUUUUGAUUAGCAGUUUUGAAGGAUAAAUACUGUAGGUUAGCAAAGUAGUCGAAUAGAUGAUGGAUGUUAAUGAACUUGAUGCAAUGGCCUCGCCAUUUUGAAAAACACUUGGCAUAUUAAGCACAUAGCUACUUUACCAAUACAUAGAAUGUUUCUUUUGCAGCUGUUUAUAAGCUGUAGAUGAGUAAUGACUGUAUCUAAGUGUAACUAGCAUUCUUUUGACAUGCUUCAACUGUUCCGUCUAGGAUUAUAUCAGUCUCAAUCAAAUCAGGAUAGAAAUGCCUUAGUAUCUUUCACUGACAAGGCACAUUAAAAAUGUCCACUGUAGAUGAUGCUAUUUUGCUUAGCUUUUGCUAUUUUAAAUGUUGGGGUUUUUUGCAAGUAAAAAGAAAAAAAAGAAAAUCUAAGUGGGUUAGCGGCAGCCAUUUUUCUAGAUGCUUUUUUUUGAAAGUACAGAUUGAACUAAGUUUAAAGGAAUUUUUCUGAUUUUUUAACCCCAAAGUGGCAAAGAAAGUCCAUUUGCUAUAAGUGGGACCAGCUCGAAACGAUAUUUUUGGCUCUGAUGACCUUUCAAGGCGGGGGAAACGGCGUUUGCUGUUUGGCUGAUCUCAGCUUUAGGCUUCACCUUGCCACGUCAACUCGACUGAUGACUUUAGAUUCGUCAGAUUUUGAUUAGCUUUUUCUCUCCUUGUGCUCUUUUGAACUUUUUAAUGAGCGUUUUGGUUUUUUCUCAACAUUUUACAUUGGAAAAACCACACUAUAACCUAAUAAAAAUUCCUUGCCACUAUCCCAUUCUAAAAUUUUCUCCCUGUGUGAUUUCGAACAAAUUAAAAUCCAACUUUUUAACUCACGAAAUCAUAACCAGAUUCAUCAGGAACAUUCAGGUACCUGAUUUUCUUUAAAAUAAAUUCCUUGCUACCUGUAACAAAUGAUAAUUACUAUCAAUAUCUCAUGUUGCAAAUUUUGCCACGAAUUUCCUACUGUGUUGAAAACUGCUUGCUUUAUUCAUCUUUUUGAGGCCCUGAUGGAAACUCAAAAAAUGGUUACAUUUGUAUCCUUAUAAAAUUUUACUCAAAAUUUUAAACUUGAAGAAAAGGAAGUAUGUGCUCUUUUUGGAAGUUGUGGAGCACCAAUAGCAAAAUGCAAAGGUCACAGCAACCUCAGACCUCCUCCCUCGGAACUACCGAAAUUCUCCUAAUUUGAUAAAAUACUCUGAAAAUGAAGACUGAUGCUUUUAAAAUUCUGUAACAGAAAAUCUUUUCUGAUUAGAUCGAGAAGAGUUCGCAAAAUUGUUUGUUUAUUUAUGGUAGGUAUUUUACAUCUCCUUCUGGGCAAACUUGGUUGCCAACAGCAAAUAAAGAAGUGCCCGUAGAUAUAGGAAAUUUGAAAAUAGGUGAUGUAGACCAAGAAAAUUAGGCAUUAAGGAAUACAUUUCAGAAAUUGUUGAUGUGUUCAUGGUGAUUUUCGUGCGAAUCUGUCAGUAACGAGUAAUGUAGGACACUAACUACUUAUGUAUACUUCUGUUGUUCACAACUGAAACGUCGUAACUCCAUUCAAGAUUUUGCAUUUUCCUUUCCCACAUUCUGUUCUCCUGCAAAAAAGACUGAUAUCCAUUCUGCUCAAUUUUCUCAGUUCGAAUUCUCAGUAGUAUGUCAAAGAUAUUCCAGAAUUCUCAAGGAUGAAUGCUCGUUAGCUUUUCUGCGAUGAAACAUUUUGCCAGGAAAGAAUUGUAAAAUCUACAAUGGGGCUAUGGCGUAUCUGCUUGGGACAGCAGGCUUCUUGUGCGUAACAGACUCAUUUAAGACGGCAAAUAGAUUUUUCCGAGGGAACUAUUAGAGGCUUUGAAUGCUUGCUCUCACUUUUGCAUCACUUGUCUAGAUUUUUUCUUUAAUGUAAGUAUGAUGUUUCUAUUUUUUUUUUUUUUACCCGUGCGUACCACGUUUCGCCAGCUGCCUUAUUGUAAUGUGUAAUAUCAGUAUACUCUCUAGCCCAGAACACAUAGUCUUCCAGUUAUCAAGUGCCUUGAUUCGUGUUUGCUAAUCCUCAAUGAUGACCUGCAGGUUUUUGGAUCAGGUUCUGUCAUGAUUAGCUGUGUGUUUUUUGAUCUGGGAUGGUUUCCUGGGUCACUUACUAGCCCAGUGAGCCUUGUAAAGAUGACUCCUUUAAGUUAGCCUCACUGGACUUCGGAGGGAUUCGGCAGAUUAGUUUUUCCCUUCUCAAUUUCUCACCAAAUGUCCUAAGAAUGCAAGACUUUCAUGAGGUCAAUAUGUAGAGGGGAGGCACAUUUUCCCUUAGCAUAUUAAAAAUUUAUGAAAACGAAUAGUUAAGUUCCUUUCCGCCGCCCUAAGCGCAAAUACAUGCAGGAACAUUUUGCUUGGUUUUUUCUCCUCAUUUGGACGUAUUCAAAUCAAAAACAACUACAUAUAUCCAUCAUAACAUGAGCUCUGUCACGUAUGUAUUCUUAUGGAUCGCAGGGCUCUUGUAAGAAUGGAUAUAUGUAGUUCCUUUUGAUUUAAAUACGUCCAUUUGUUUUAGGAGAUAAUUUUGCAUUGCUGCUAUUUCAGAAGAGCAUGCUGUUGUUGGUUAAAAAUGAAAGCUGCUUUCAACAAUGAAACUGAAAUCGCUCCCGAACUUUCCAUCUUAUAGUGUGAGAGAAAGAUAGAAAGCAAGAAAUCAAGAAUUAUUGUUAGGUAGCCUUUCAGUGUCUGUAGUCAGUGUUUACAGAGCGUAAGGUUUGUCCUGUAGUUGAAAUUAUUUCAAGUUACUCAAAUCUGAGAGAAAUAGGGAAAAUACCUCAAGUCUAUAAAGCCAAGGAUUUUUUGUGUGUCCCUCCAAAGUUCAUUAAUAGGUGUCCUCACUGGGGUCAACUUUUAAGUAAUUUUUAGGUUGUAUGUGUCUUAAAUUCUGUCUACUUUUAAAGAAAAGUUAGUGUUCAUUGAUUGCUCUAGAUGUACCCAUAAGCAUAUCUAUUGUUUUGUAAUCAAAAUUAAAUCAAUGAAUGUGAGAAGGACAUGAAAGCCUAGUCACUGACUGCAAUACAUAUUAUUAUCAUUUUUCUAGGCAUUUUUUUUUUAAAUGACCAGUAACUUUUAACGUUUUACUGUCUGUAUCGUUCAUUGUUCACUGUGCUUCCGUACUGUUCAUUCAUAUCAUAUCAUUGAACCAUAAAUUGUCAUAUUUUUUUGGAAAAAGGUUUCAGCCACUUAUUUAACUACUUAAGCACCAGUACUUUUUGUUGAAAAAUCUUGAGAAUUUUCAAUUUCACUCGACUUCUUUUUGAGUUUGGAGUGUUGCUAAUUUUGCACACAAAAAUCCGUUCUAUGUGUCAAUUGCAUCAGUGAUCAAAUUGUUAUAAUACUUGAAGCUCAAAUCAUAAACUAAUGAUAGCUUCGUUGUAAGAUCGCCAUUAUAAUCUGUUGACUACGGUCUUUGUUAAUUUCUGACAGAUAUGUCUCACUCUCUGUAGCUCAGCAAUUUUUUGUCCAUCUGAGAGAUCCUAUCGGGAUAGGCUUCAUUUUGAAUCAUUAAAAUGUCAAAAGAAUAUUGAAACAUAUCAAGUCAAGCAGGUUUAAUUAGUAAUAAUGUCCUUCUCACAGAUGCAAUCAUCUGUUUACUUCUUGUUACUCAAACAACAAGUUAAAGUAACUCUUUUCCCCAAGUGAUCUGCUCUGUUCCCCAAGCUAAUAAUUUUUUUCUUCAGGUGCUCAAAUUGUGCUUUUUGUUCAAGAAUUUACAUAUUAUGCUCUCUGGCAUUUGUUUGUUGAUUGUUGAAAGUCAGAGCUUCAAUUAAUUUUGAAUUGAUGACUUGAAUUUUGUCCAAAUUACCAUAGUAUUUCAUCAUCGAUCGUCCGAACAACAUUAAAACUGCCCCAAGUAGAUCCUUAUUAGCUGCGAGAAACCGCUUAGUAUUUUCUGACAGUUAAGUUACAUGAGUUUAGUAUAAUUAUUUUUAUUUAUCUCUCAAUACAAAUUUGUUUUGUAACUUAAUAGUUUUAUUACUUGAUGAUUGAGCUACCAGUGCCUGCUGAGAUGAGCCUCUUCUCUGGUUUUUAUCCAACUGAGAUCAAGCUUUGGACUCCCAGAGACUGACAAUGAGUUUGAUGGGAGCUUUUGUUCUUGCGCAGUUCAGGGCUUUUUAAAAUACUGUCCUCUAAUAAUCUGAUGUCACUGGUAGUUCACUCAAGAAGCAGGAAAUCAUGUGAUGUAGUAUCUGACCCUGUGACUGUCAGCACAAGAUAGUAAUUUUGUUUGUUCCUUGCCCAAGUCGCAACAAAAUUCCGAGCCUGAACAAAUCAUCGUCCAUUUAAUGAAUUCAGACAAAGAAUAUCAUGGUUACUUUCAUUUACUUUACUCUUUAAGAACCUUUAUAUCUGCUCAACAGAGCAACUAGUGCUCUUAGAAUGCCUUCCCCCUCCUCCCACUAAAAAUCAUAUCGCAGCAUUUGCUCUCUUUAUUCUAUAUUUUUAAGUCACACAAUUAUUACUCUCAUUGGAGUUCAUAUCUUUUUUUUUUUUUUGCCUUGAAGUAUUCCUAAAACGUCGAAACCUUUAUCAAUACUUAAUGUUAAGCUGAUAUCUUUGAUCAUUGUAAAUAUUUUUUCUCUUUCUUUUUCUUCUUUAUUUCGGUAAAUUCGUAUUGUAUUAUUUUUGUUAUCUAGCAGGGUCGUUUAUUUUGCUUUUCAAUUCUAUAGAAUGGAUUGGAGCGUACGUCUUGAUAGAAAUCGUUAUCGAAAAUUGUGCAAAAAUUUGUUACUCUCAAAAAUUUCAAAAAAUCUCUCUUUUAUGUUAGAGAACGGCCGUCAUCUAAAUUUUACCAAAGCUCAGUUUUUGUAUCGAAUAUGUGCAGAUGUUUACGGAAUAGUUAAUUCUUCAAUGAUAUUUAUAUUUUGUACUCUACUCCACGGAGGUCUAAGGAUUGUGAUUUUAAUUCAACAAGAUUUUUCAAUUUUCAGGGAGAGGACCUUGCUUAAUUUUUCUCACAUUUCUUGAUGUAUUUUAUAUUUCCUAUGGCUUGGGCUUAGUCUUUUCAACCGAUAGAUACUAUUGAAAAUGAGAACUAGCCUGAAAUGACGUUCCAGCUGUCCUCUAAAUGCCAUUUUGUGUCUUACCGCAUCCUUUUAAAUAAAAAUUCUAAGAGAUGGACAAACUCUUGCGUGUGUAAAUGUUGCAGUGUAAUAUUUACAAGGUCAUUUUAGGAGAGAACAAUGUCUCCUACAAAGCUGUCCUCUUAGGAAUAAGAAUCCGAGCUUUCUUGCAAAGGCACACGACUAGAAGUUAUACGAUCACAUUCUUACAUAUUUGUGAAAAGGCACCUUAUCUGCUGAGAGGAAAGGUUCUUUGAUUCUCUACAAGAAAAUCUGGAAAUUUUGGCACAAGUUUGACCUCAAAAAUCGAAGGAAAUAUUAGUCCUGAAGCUCCUAAACCAAAGCUUUCAAGUCGUCGAAAAGCAUGGUUUAAGUGUCAGCAAAAAGUUGUGGAAAAUUCUCACCCGGAAGAUAAGGUUCCUUUUCACAGUUCUAGUCAAACUUAUGGCUCAAUUGCUGGUUGCAGUCAAGUUUUCAGAUAUUUUUAUAAGUCAUUCAUAUAGAAUAUUUCUUUGCAGCCUUGAAAAGGUCCCUUUGUGAAUUUUUUGCUCCCCAACUCAAGUAAUAUUAAAUGCAAAUCUUCCCAAGAUUCGUACUUCAGUAAGUUUUGCCGGCUCAUCUAUUUACAUCAUCAAUUCCUCUUUAAGCUUUUUUGGGGCACAGCAAAUUCUCUAUCAUGUGUCGGUAUCGCAUUCUAAACAUUGUGAGCUUCCUUGAUUUUAUUUUCGAGCACCAAUCCUUUGUUUCUUGAGGAAUCGAGCUUCACAUCCUUUAACCCCUUACGAGUAGACUAUAUGGGUGAUUUUGGAACAGUAAUUGUUUUUGAAUAGCAUAAGUUGCACUUUUUAGUGACAAUUAUUUACAGCAUCCUUCUUUUUUUAAUCAAACUUCCUUUCGGCAAUGUUUGUAAUUUUUCAACUUCUUUUGUGUUCUACAUCAUUCAUUAAAAACUUCUAUUUUCCUAAUGCAA